CACAUUCUUUCAAUCACAGGCUCAAAUUGCCAAGCAACCACAGGUUACGAGUGGCACAGCAAACCCCUAGUCUAGGUGAUAAGCGGACGGGACUGGUUGGUUCCCUCCCCAAGGUAAAAUGCGGUUCGCGAGCAUCCCGUUGGAAUUGAAACAGGUCAUCUGGAAACUCGCGCUGCCCUACGACGAGCCUGAAGUAUGCAUCAUCUGGCCUCUGAACCAAGAUGACUUCGACCAAGUAGUCGAGCCGCUGCUGGUCGAUACGGCUUUUCCGAAGCUGAUGCACGUCUGUCAGGAGUGGCGAGAUUUUAUCUUUUGCCCCUCAUUGUCGGGGGUCAAGUUCCGCGCUUCGAGCCAAGCAGGUUGUAACGUUCCUUAUCGCCCAUUCCGCGGCGACAUCGACAUUCUCUACACCGGCAGGGAUAACUUCGAAAAGGCUGUCCAAUGCCUGGGCAUUGACUGGGACCCACGAGUUAAGCUGUCCACUCUCGCCAAGGUGCGCCACCUGGCCGUGGAAUGGCCCAUUUGGAGGUGGUCGGCCUAUUGGCUGCCCGAGCUGAUCUUUAGGGGAAGUCCGAACCUCCAGAAAGUAUCGGUGGUGUUCCCUUCGUCGAAUAGGGCUAUAUGGGAGGCAUUUCAGGCGCCGGCACGGCGAUGCAAACUGCGACGCAUCGAAGAUGCGGAUAACCUGACGACUGAAGACGAGGCAGGACCUGGGGCGAUGGGAUCAAUCCAGUCCCAAACUGAUGAAGGUGGUGAGACCGCAGAAGACCGGAUGCCAUUCACCUGGCAGGACGAGAUGGAUCGGCACGAGAUGGACUUCGACCAUCACCGGACGGACUGGUUCACUGGUUCGGCGUGGGACAAGGAGAGUGAGAGUUUGUGCUUGGAGUAUGAGGCCGUAGCUUUCAUUCACUUUAAACGGUCCGAAAACGGUCAAGAAACGUGGGUUGAGGCCUGUGAGGAUAGAUUAUUGGUUAUUGGGGAUGACCAGGAACAGCAGGCACCGCCAAUUCCUAGCCAGCGGCGCGAACCCGAGCAGUGGAGGGUUAACGAUGAUGACGACUAUCUGUACUGAUCCGUUAUAAGCCUAUAUACAUAUGCACAAAUGCAAACUCAGUAAACUCG